AUGGGGAACAACAUAGGAGGAGGAAAGAAGACCGCCAAGAUCAUGAAAAUCGACGGCCAAACUUUCAAGCUCAAGGCCCCGGCAAUCGCCAUGGACGUGCUCAAGGAUUACCCACCGACCUACGUUUUACUCGAACACGAAUCGGUAAAGAGGUUCGGAAUCCGGGCUCCGGAAUUACAGCCCGGAGAGGAACUUAAGCCUGGAAAGAUCUAUUUUCUAGUAGAAAUGCCCGAGUUCCCGGAGGCGGCCAGAAGCAGAAGGGCAAGAUCUGUGGCGCGUAUGAGGAGCGGUAUGGGGUCGGGUGCGGGACGGGUGCGGGUUAAGAUCAAAGUACCGAGAGCCCAGAUUGAGAAAGUGAUGGAAGAGAGUAGAGAUGACGCAGAGGUGGGUGAGAGAAUUGUUGAGCUCUGUCUGAAGAAUUCAGCCGUCGUCUCCAGGGAUUGA